UGAGAGACCUGCACAGAAGCAUGGUGACGUUGUCACGUUAUUGUGAUAUAUAAAUACCAGCGCAGCAGCCAGCCUCCCUCUCCAAAAGGACUAGCCGAAAAGCUUCAGAUGAAUUAACUGCAUUCCCACCUUCAAAUGAAUUCUGCACCCCGCAGAGCUGGAGCUUGCUGUUUUACUUUGCUAACAGUAAACUACCCAUUCAUCACAAUCAAACAAGAUACUUUGAUUUGAUAAGAAAAUAUAUCUUAGUUUACAUAACAAUAAUGAUGAGAUUGUAGGCGUUUUGAGAUCAGCAAAGAUGAAAAAACGGAUUAUUGAGUGUGUGCCGCUCUUGGAAUUGAGACGAGGACUUGAACGUUGACUUCAUCGUUGUGUGACAGUCAAUUUCUUCAAAACAUUUCGUUGCUUUGAUACAAGUCUAACAGCACCACGUCGAUAAAGGCGCGCGUCUGAAGUGGAAAAUAUAUGGAAAUGCGCACUGCGCGAAUGGCUAAACUCGGACGUGCCAUGGACAGUGUAUGAAACGCUCAGCUUUAUGGGCCAUUUCCUGAUUCAUCUUCCUGACUUCCAACCCCACCCCCACCUUCCCGCUAUGAAUCCCCAAGACUGCACCUCCAUCCCUGGGGAUUUCAACCUCUCCUCCUCCAGGGGCUACUCCACGGUCACCAACCUCUUCAUGAACGAGUCCGGCGAGAGCGCUCCCUUCCAGGACAGCAGCACCGUUAUCACUGCAGUAAUCUCUAUGACUGUAUUCAUGGUGGGCCUCAUGGGCAACAUGCUGGCCAUCUACGUGGUCCUGCGCUAUGCCAAGAUGAAGACUGUCACCAACAUGUACCUUCUGAACUUAGCCCUGGCAGAUGAAUUGUACAUCCUAGGACUUCCCUUCCUGACCACCCAGAACGUGCUCUCUUAUUGGCCGUUCGGGCAGUUUCUGUGCCGCGUGGUCAUGACGGUAGACUCCAUCAACCAGUUCACCAGCACCUUCUGCCUGACCGUGAUGAGCAUUGACCGCUACCUGGCCGUGGUGCACCCCAUUCGGAGCGUCAAGUGGCGGCAGCCGAAGGUGGCUAAGAUCAUCAACGGGCUGGUGUGGGUGGUGUCGUUCGUGGUGGUGCUGCCGGUCACCAUCUACUCAGAUGUUCAGGACCGCUUCAACUCGUGCAACAUGAGCUGGCCUGAUCCCCAGGACCUGUGGUCAACGGUCUUCAUCCUCUACACGGCCAUUUUGGGCUUCUUCGGCCCCCUGCUGAUCAUCUGCCUCUGCUACCUGCUCAUCAUCAUCAAGGUGAAGUCUGCCGGGGCCAGGGCGGGCCUGACCAGGCGGCGCCGCUCCGAACGCAAAGUCACCCGCAUGGUGGUCAUCAUCGUGGUGGUCUUCGUCAUCUGCUGGCUGCCCUUCUUCACCACCAACAUCGUCAACCUCGUCUUCAUCAUACCAGAGAACAGUGUCACUGCCGGCGUCUACUUCUUCCUGGUCAUCAUGACCUACGUCAACUCCUGUGCCAACCCGCUCCUCUAUGGCUUCCUGUCUGACAACUUCAAGCAGAGCUUCAGGAAGGUCCUGUGUCUCCACAAGGCGAACGGGGUUGGGGUGGGGGACGGAGGAGACAUGGGGAGUGGAGGGGGACGUCCCAUAUCCCCUAGGCUGGAGAGGGUGGAGACGACUCAGCAGCAUGACCCGCUCUUCACCCCCCGGAUCAUGGACUUCAACAAUGGACACAUGCAGAACAACCAAGUAGGUAAAUCUAUAGAAAUAAAACGAGUAGAACGGACAUUAGCAAUAAAGUGAACGUUCUGUGAUGGGUGGACUACUAAUUCUAUGGGUCAAUAUUCUACCCAAGAACUGUGAAUGGCUGUCAGGUAUCAAUUAUUUUGGUCAGUCUGCCAAAGAUAAUCUUGAAGGCUGUCAGUUUCAUUCAUUGGUAGUCAACCGCAGCAUACAAUAUAACUAGAUUCACAGCCAAUUUAUAUGUAAUUUAUAUUAAUCUAAAUCAGUCCUUCUCAAAUAGUGGGGCGCGCCCCCCUGGGGGGGCUCGGAGCGAUGCCGGGGGGGGCGCGUGUGACCCCGGGGAACAUGCUUUUUGUUGCCGCAGGGAGUAGGGUUUUUUUGCACCAAAAAAGAGCACACAGCACAAAGCAGGAGAUAUGAAGUGCAGAUAACAAACCCUUAAGAGACACCAUGGAAAAAUAUUUAACAGGGAUGAAAAGAAAGGCAGAGAGAGACGGAGAUAAUGAGGCAAACGUAAGUCUCCCGAAAGCUAAGACGAGGAAAUAUGACGAAGCGUAUGUAGCGCUUGGCUUCACUGUGACUAUGGUGGGAGACGAGGAAAGACCGGUAUGUUUACUGUGUCUAAAAAUGUUGGCAGCGGACAGCAUGAAGCCAAAUAAAUUAAGGCGUCACUUAUAGACAUUACACCCCAAUCACGCUGAUGAGCCGCUUGAGUUUUUUCAGCGAAAACGUGCCGAAUAUUGCCAACAAUCGUCCCGCUUAUAUGUUAGCAUCAUAUAAGGUGGCAUACCAAAUUGCUCAGUGCAAAAAAACCCACUCCAUAGCAGAGGAGCUGAUACUGCCUGCAGCAUUAGACAUGGUCUCUGUCAUGCUGGAUGACGCAAGUGCUGCAAAAAUAAAAACUAUCCCUCUGUCCAAUGACACUGUCGCCAGACGUAUAAAUGACAUUGCUAACGAUCUUAAAGAACAGCUGGUAGAUAAACUCAAAGACAAACUUUUUGCCUUACAGUUCGAUGAAGCAACUGACAGCAACAAAGACUGUUUGUUUAUCGCUUAUGAACGUUUUGACAUGACAAACUCCCUGUGUGAGGAUCUACUUUUUUGUAAAUAUGUCAGAGACAGAGCCACAGCUGAAGAGCUAUUCAAAAUGCUGGACUGCUUCCUGACUGAGAAUGGGCUAAAGUGGGAGAACUGCAUUGGUGUUUGCAGUGAUGGUGCACAGACCAUGGCAGGCAUAAGAAAAUUACUUCGGGCACUCAUCAAGAAGGCCUCACCUAAUGCUGAGGGGACACACUGUGCUAUACACAGAGAAGCACUGGCAUGAAGGCACCUUUCCUCUGAAUUAAGUGAGGUUAUGAUUGACAUUGUAGGCAUAGUCAAUUUUAUAAAGACCAGACCACUAAAAACAAGUCUUCUCUGCGAUCUGUGAGGAGAUGGGAGCUGAACAUCAAGCUGUGCUGUUUCACAGUGAAGCAAGGUGGCUGUCACGAGGAAAAGUCUUGUCCCGAGUUUUUGAGCUCAGAGAGCAGAUAAGAAUGUUUUCGGAGAGGAGCACAAGUAUGACCUCGCAGAAAAAUUUUGUGAUGAGAACUUCCUGGCAAAACUGGCCUACCUGAGUGACAUAUUUGGAAAGCUAAAUGAACUAAAUCUACAGCUUCAAGGGAAAGAUAAACACCUCCCUCAGGUCACAGACAAGAUCAGCUCUUUCAAUCGAAAGCUUGCAAUGUGGGGCAGGCGACUUGAUGAAGGAAAUACUGAUUCAUUCCAGAACCUGCAUGAAUUUGUUGACACUACUGACUAUGAUGCCAACUCAGUGAUUCCAUAUAUUAAGGAGCAUAUU